AUGGCUCCUGGAAGCUUGGCCUCCAGUGACACCUUGAUCUCCUUGGCCUCGCUAACCUCCAUGGCCUCCACCUCUAGAUGCAACCCCCCGAUGCUGCGAAUGGUGCUGGAGGUGGUGCAGGUGGGCGAGCCCGGGGGCACCUCGGUUAUGGCCAUCAAGGUGUACAUCCUGCGGAAGUACCCUACGGUGGACGCCAUCCGGCUCAAGUACCUGCUGAAGCGGGCCCUGGACACGGGCAUGCAGCGCGGCCUCCUCAUCAGGCCCAUCAACUCCAGAGCCUGGGGGGCCACUGGCAGCUUCAAGUUAGUUCCAAAGCAAAAGAAAAAAAUCCAGCCCUGGAAGACAGCCACCGUGUCGGCCCCCGGGAGACCUGGUGAGGCCAAGGAGGAGGCCCCCAAGAAAGAUGGCCAGACCAAAGGCGAAUAGGCAAGAGGGGGCAAGGCCAGGAAGGCCCCCCAACAGCCAGACAAGGCCACAGAGGCCCCUGCUGAUGCCAGCGGGCCCCAUGGGAAGUCAAAGGUUAAAGGCAAGAAGGACAGCCCAGCAGAUGCCAAGGCCCACAGGAAAACCAAGGCUGGGACUCGGAGCUCAAAACCCACAGUCACCAGGGGUGAAAAUGGUGUGACCUCCCCGGCCAAAAAGAAGACAGGGAACAAGGUCCUUAAAGAGGCCACUGCCCAGGGGGCCAGGAAAGGGUCGAAAGCCACAGCUGCUGCUGCUCCUAAGGACAGCGAGUCCAAGAUGGUACCUGAACCACUGCCCAGGAAGACAGAGGUCCCCAGGGGCCCAAGAAGGCCUGGCAUGUCCACCAAGGCCUCAUCAUCCAAAGAGACCAGAGUGAAGGCAGAAAUCAAGAGCUAG